CCCCCACCUUGGAGCCUUCAAACCCUCAACAAAGCAGGUCGAGUACGGACUUGACGACCAAGACAAAAACAACAGCCUCCGUUGCCCGUCCUGUCAAACGGGAUGCGCUAGACUUGAUCGCAGGCACAACUCAUGUCUCUCCGAGGGUGCAGAUCCAGGCCAAGACCAAGAGCGUCGCAGUCGCAGGACCCUCCAUUUGUCAUCCGCAUCCUCUCCUAGCUGCUCCAUCUGCAUCUCCAUCUCCAUCGUCGUCCCCAUCUUCGUCUCCAUCUUCAGCUCCGCCAUAAGCCAAAAGUGUGUCAGUCAAUCACAGUCACCCACGACGCUCUUAUUCCUGUUCUCCGUCGAAGCCUCGCGAUUUUCCCGCAGUUCAUUAACUCUCGCGGCUAUUACUCUCACUCUCCCUCUUUUUCUUUCUCCUUCUUGUCUUUCUCUUUCUCUAACGACUCCAUAAAGAACUUCCGACCUCGCCUCCGCCAUCCAUCUGCCGACGUCCGUACGCACGUCGUCCGUCGCUCGUGCGUCACAGUCGCACGCCAUGGAAAACAUCUCGCCGACGAGCCAGCAGUCGAACCCCGCGCCGCCGUCGCACGCAAUGAACGCCAACCCGCACCAUUCACCAAACUCCCCGACCGCGAUACACGACUUCCCCGCCCUCGCCCGCCAUGGCGCGACCUCGAUCCCCCCCGACCACCCCGUCGCCAUGACGCCCUCCGGCCAGCCCGCCCUGAACCCGCGCAGCUGCGUCACCUGCCGCAAGCGAAAGGUCCGUUGCGAUAAGCAGAUGCCCUGCAGCAACUGCCGCCGCGCCGUCAUCCAAUGCAUAUACCCUGCCCCGGGCCGCGCGCCCCGUCGCCCGAGGCCGAAGGACCCGAACGCCCCUCCCAAGAACUCGAGCGAGCGCGAGGUCGAGCUGAUGAAGCGCCUGCGUAAGCUCGAGGGCAUCGUCGAGGAUCUGAGCGGCCAGAUCGAAGUCGAGAGCGGCGCGGGGAGCAACAGCGGCCGGCAGAACUCGAGCACGGGGGACUCGCCAGACGCUUUAGGCCACGAUGUAGGCGGAGAAAGGACAGGGGGCUUGCAGAAUAGCAGCCACAGCCACAGCAACAGCGCCGCCGCCGCCGCUGCUCUGAAGGACGCCGUUGCGCCGACCAAGAUGGAUACAGACCCGGACCCGAGACGAUCGUCGGACAAGGCGCCGGGCCUCAGCAGGCAGUUCGGCAGGCUGGUGCUCCAUGACAAAGGGAGGUCGAGCAGAUACGUGAGCAGCGCAUUUUGGUCCAAGCUUAACGACGAGCUCGACAAGCUACGAGAUGAGAUGCACGUCUUGGGCGAGGAUACGGACGAUUCCGACAUCGAAGAGACGCCAGACCACUCCCCCGAACAACCAGUGGAUGCUGCAACCGACCACCACUCCUUCAUCCUGGGAUACCGCUCUUCCGAUGUUGACCUGCGCAAGCUUCAUCCCCUGCCGUCGCAGAUCCCCUUUAUGUGGCAGAUCUACCAAGAGAACGUCGAGCCGCUGCUCAAGAUACUGCACAUCCCGACCAUGGAAAAGCUCAUUCGCAACAUGCGGCGCAACAUCGACGAGUUGACCCCUGGGAACGAGGCCCUUAUGUUUUCCAUCUAUUACGCCGCCAUUACGUCCAUGGAAGACGAAGAGGUCGAGAAGAACUUUGGCUCAAAGAAGGAAGCCAUGCUGUCGCAGUACCGCUUCGCCCUCGAGCAGGCCCUCGCCAAAGCAAACUUCCUAAAUACAUCGGAUAUGGUGGUGCUGCAGGCCUUCGUCUUGUUCCUGACUUUGGUCCGGCGGGAGGACGACACGCGGUUUUGCUGGACACUGACCGGGUUGGCGAUUCGGAUCGCCCAGGGGCUGGGCAUCCACCGGGACGGCACCAACUUCGGCCUCCCGCCCUUCGAGACCGAGAUGCGCCGCCGGCUGUGGUGGGCCAUCUGCACGCUUGACCUGCGAUCCGCCGAGGAGCUGGGCAGCGACCUCACCAUCAUCGACCGCUCCUUCGACACGGAGCUCCCUUCCAACGUCAACGACGCCGACAUCGAACCGGGCAUGACCGAGGUGCCGACGUCGCGGUGGGGCAAGACAGACUGCGCCGUGUCGCUGGUGCGGUACGAGAUCUGCACCCUCUCGAGGCGGCUGCACACCGCCGGCUCCGCCAUGGCCGGUGUCUGCCCCCGCGACGCCUCAUCGAGCCUCGAGGACCGCGAGCGCAUGCUGAUCGAGGUAUACGACCGUGUCGAGGAGAAGUUCCUGCAGCACUGCUUCACCGACGACGACCCCCUCUUCUGGAUGGCCGCCAUGAUCGCCCGCGUCAUCAUGGCCAAGAUGAGCCUCGUCAUCUACCAGCCGAUGCUGUUCCCCGGCAACGGCCACGAGCUCUCCAACGAAGUCCGCGACCGUCUCUUCCUCUCGGCCAUCGAGGUCGUCGAGUACAACUACAUCCUCAACACAGACCCGCGCUGCAAGCAGUGGCGCUGGCUCUUCCAGACCUACCGUCAGUGGCACGCCAUCGCCUAUAUCCUCAUGGAGGCCGGGAGGCGCCCGUGGUCGGCGACCUCGGAGCGUGGAUGGGAGGCCGUCAACAACACGAUGCGCUUCGACAGAGACCCGGCCGAGAUCUCCAGGAUGGCCGACCACAUGGCCGUCUGGGUCCCAUUGCGGAAGCUCAGCGCCAAAGCGACGAAGCACCGCGAGGCGGAGAUCAUCCGGCUGCGGUCGGACCCGGAUGCCGCCCGCCAGCUCGACGUGGACGACCGCAUGAACCCCAUCCCGGCGAGGCUCGGUCCCGUCCCGGGCAUGGAGACCAAGCACGCGCAGAUCCGCGCUCGUUGGCGGAACCUCGUGCGCACGGAGGGUUGCAGUCCGGUGCAGGCGGUGCCCGACCGUCGCCCGGGCAGUCAAAAGCAACCCGCACCUAACGCAGCAUCGGCGGUGGCGGCAGCGGCGGUGCCGCCGCCGCCUCCUGUUUCUCAGCAAAAUCAGCCCGUCCGGGCGGCGCCCGCCUCGAUGCGCCCGCCGCGGGAGCCCGAGUUCAUCGACACGGUCAUGAUGGCGCGCGGCUUCAACCCCAACCACAUCUGGGAAUACCUCUACCCGACGGCCGAGUCCAUGGCAGCCGACCCGAACAACACGCUCUUCCCGCCUACCGCCUCGCAGGCGCCUGGUUCUUCACAGUCCAUGAUGGCCACCGACGACGUCCAAUCGCCGGUCACCGCCUCCGCCGCGAGCCUCGAUGUGGAGCAGAGGCAGAGGCAGCAGGCCAUCGCAAUGACGUCGCAGCCCACCGUCGCGUCGUCCAUCAGCGACAACCAGCCGCCUUGGCUGUGGUCGGACCCGUUCACGUCCAUCAACAACACGUCGACCGACUCGAUGGACGUCAACAUGGACAACCUGGACGACUUCAACUGGCAGAACUGGCAGGAGAGCAUCAAGGGGUUCGAGAUGGAUCCGGACAACCUGCCUCAGAAGGGAGCGUGGUAGGAAGGAGUGCUGGUAAAAACAACAACAACAACAACAAGCAUCAUGUAUAGAAAGGGAAAAUGGUUUGGAUGUCUCCUCUCACGAUUAGGGCCUUAGAAGGGCCAUGUAAUGAUACCCACGGGGGAGUAGAUGUAAUGAAUGAAAUGACGAAUGCAAUGUAUUUUAAGCACAAGCGUAGAGGCACAUCUCAUAAUGGUUCUACCCAGUUGCCAAUAUGAGUCUGAAUCGAUGCACACAUGCUUGGGCUCAUCACUAAGUCCC